AAUGAAUGGUGCCCCAUAUCACACUCCCUCAAUUGUCAGCGCCCACACCGCACCAUAUAACGAAGACAAUGCGAGCGCGUACGCUGCUAGCUCUAUCUCUUCCCGCGAGAGAGGCAGAGGCCGAUCCGUGAACGGACGCGCUGAGCCUCAACCACCCGUCAAUCUAUACGCCCAACAACAGCAUAUCGCACAACCCCAACCCGUCAUGCCAGCCUAUCACGCUUUGCAGCUAUCUCGUCCCUCCAAGUCCUGGUUUCGUCGUUCCCCGAGCCGUUCAAACGGCCAUGGACGUGCUGCUUCGAACGGGGCAGGGUCUGCACUGCAUGCUUCUUCGAUGCACCAUUCACGCUCGGCACCACCGCCCCUCGCUAUCCCUCCCGAUUACGGACCCACGUCGCCUGGGAUUGACGUUUCUCCGCGAAGAGGGAGGACACUCGGUACUUCCUUUGCACAGCAUCACACUCCGCAGAGGGAACCCUUCUCUUCGAAUCACGUCGAAGGCCCUAAUAUAGCACAACACUUGGACCCUAUUCACAAUCGGGAAGAGAAGUACAGAGAACAUCCGCACUCGCAGCGUUCUGCUUCUCAGCAUCCUUCCAUUUCUCCGAAUGCUCGCCCGACCUACAACCGAAAACGUUCAAAGUCCUACGACCCCGCUGCUUUCCAUUCUCAAGGAGUGAACGACUACGCGCAUCCGCCAUAUUCGGCAGGGAAUUAUGGAGCGCCGAAUGAUGAAUUUCGUGGUGCGGAGUUUAACCCGUACGCGGCGAAUUAUACGACUAUGCAAGCCUCAUUGACGUCUCCAACUCUCGUCCAUCCAUCCGCGAGUCAUCCACUCGUUGUUCCUGUCAACGACGGUCGAGACGGCUGGGUCGUAGUGCCUGGUAAAGGGCAAAGCUUCCGGGUUCUGAACCAGAAGGGCCAAUCGUACGAACGCGAACAUCAAUCGUUCUUUGGGCGUCUAAAUUUCAGAGUAUUCCGUUCGCGCUCCAGAACCAACAAGACGUUCAAUGCUCCAGUUCACGUUGGGCAUGAAGGGGUCCAGCCGAUACCUGUCAGGAUGAUGGCUAAUCCGCCACCUGGCAGGGGUCGGCGCGAUAGUUAUUA